AUGGAACUUCGUGUGAGACGUUGGCAAGACACAUUUGGCAACUUCACUAUUUACUGUGGUUUGGUUGAAGAACAACUCGAGAAUAUAAUGACAGUCGAAAAGAGUAACGUUAACCCAAGGACAUUAUUAUUCUCAGAAUUUCAGAGGUGCAAUUACUUAAAGUUUGAAAUCCUUAACAAUGCAAAUGGUGCCAAUUAUAUCACUCUAAGCGAUGUGUUAUUUUACAUUGAACAAAAGUACACCAAUUUAUUCAAACCAACAGACUCUGGCGUAACAAUGACUGGAUUUGUCGCUCGUAAGGCUCCUGGUCAUUAUGAAAACGUAUUAUUAGAUAACACAGAAGAUGGAAAAGGUCAAAUAACAUUUAAUAUGGUCGGAAAGCGUAUUGGUAUCUUUGGAGACUACGACACUUCUUUUGGUAAACUUGAAGUUCUUGUUGAUGGUAAAGAAUUGGAAUAUGACUUUCAAAUUAACACAAAGACAUUAACACUUCGAACACUUUACCAUGCUUGCGCUUUCGAAGAAGGUACACACAAUAUCACAAUUAACGUGAAAGAAGGAAAAGUUAAUAUUGAUGUGAUUGGAUUUGACUAA